AUGUCCACUUUCUCACGCCAAGAUCAACUUCCGAAUCUUCCCGUUCCAAAUCUCGUGGAGACAUUGGAGAAGUAUAUUGACUCAGCAUCCGCUCUUCUCACUACCGACGAAAAGAAACGUGUUGAAAAGGAAGCUCAUGAGUUCCAACACUCCGAACUUGGCGCUCAAUUGCAACAAGCUCUCGAGAAUCGAUCAAAGAAUCAUAAGAAUUGGCUCGAAGACUGGUGGUACAAUGUCUACACCGAAAUCCGUGAUCCUCUGGCUCCAUACGUGUCAUUCGGAGCAUUGAAUACGGUAUAUAACUGUGUUGAUGGAGGACAAAUUAGUCGAGCAGCUGAUGUUCUUCAUCAUUGGCUCAAUGUUUGGGAUAAGAUUAGACAUGGAAAAUGGCCAGUAACAUCUUCCCGUGGUGUCACUUGGGACAUGGAUCAAUUCCAUCAUUUGUUCUCUUCGAAUCGUACACCUCAGAAGCCAAGAGACACUAUGGAUCGAUAUUUUAAGACUAAAGAAGAAGGAGACACACCAAACCAUGUGAUUAUUUGCUGUAACGGAUGCUUCUGGAAACUAAAUAUUCUGAAUGAGGACGAUGAUUCCAUCAAGACUCCAGAUGAACUUUAUAAUAUGUUGAAAUUCGUAAAAGACAACUCAUCCGAUGAGUCAUCUGGAUGUGUUAGCAAACUGACAUCAACUCAUCGAGAUGUUUGGACAGCGAACCGUGACGAGUUGCUUCGCGUGAGUGGAUCCAACAUGAAACACCUGAAAGACGUUGAAACAAGCAUCUUGUUCAUGUCAUUGGUACCAAAGAAUGCGGGAAAUGAUCAUCAGAAGCUUAUCACGAAUGCACUUCAAGACGAAAGUUGGUUUGUCUGGCAAGAUAAGUCAGUCAGUAUUACGGUAUAUGAGGAUGCGCAGGUUAUGGUACAAGGAGAUCAUUCGAACAUCGAUGCAAUUGUCCUUUUGCAAGUCGGAGAUUACGCAGCUUCUCGUGUUAGAAAACAACUGUGGCACCCAGCGAAAACAGGAUCAGAUGCUCACUUUGAAUUCCCUGAGAGACUAGUUUUCGAGUUGAAUGAAGCGUUGAGACAUGCCAUCUCACAGGCAGAUGUCGACUUUUAUAAGAGUAAGCAACUCUACCGUGCCCGCCCUGUUCACUUCUAUGGAUACGGAAACGACUUGUGCCGGACUGCAAAGGUCUACUCGGAUACUGUAGUACAGUUGGCAUUACAAUUGGCAUUUUUGAAAACUCAUGGAUGCUUCGCUCCAAUCUAUGAAACCGCCUCAACAAGAAAAUAUUUCCAUGGGCGGACUGAAACAGUACGUGGAUGCACUCAACAGUUUGUUCGAUUUGCCAAAGCCUUUACAGAAGAAAAGAAGACCGAAAAAGAAGAUCUCAAGAAGCUAUUCGACUCUGCCAUCAACGCCCAUAACCAACUGAUGGCCGAUUGCAUGGAUGGAAGAGGUUUCGAUCGGCACCUUCUCGGACUCAAACAAACAUUGACAAUUAUGAACAAAGGAUGUGGUCCAAAACGAGCGAUUCCUGCUUUCUUGACAGACGAAACGUGGAAAAGAACCGGCGGAGACGGAAACUUUUUGCUGUCGACAAGCUUUAUUGGGUACAUGGAAAAUGAACAACCGGGAGCAAUGGGAUACGUGGCAGCGAUGAGACCCGAUGGUUAUGGAUGUUUUUAUAGGAUUGGAAAGAAUAGAAUCUCUCUGUCCGUAUCGGAUUGGGCCUCGUCACGAUCCAACAUCGACGCAUUCACAGGCAACAUUCUCUGGGCUCUCGAUGCUCUUUCUCCAUUCCUGACACCUGCUCAGAAGCUAUAA